ACACUAUUGCUGCUAUAUAGCGGCGAAAUAUUUCAUUAUUCCUUUAACCACCGAAUAAGGGUUAUCGUGAGUAAAAGAACAAAAGAAAUUAAAUUAAGCUCUAAUGAAAUCCAAAUAAUCAACUCUUGAAUGGGAAAUCAGUGCAGUGGAAAACAAUUCACACAAAUUUACCUCAUGAAAAAAGCUGUAGAACUAACUUCUAAAGAUUACGUCUUAUAAGAAAUAAAAUAUGCCCUACCAUUGUAGGAUUGAGGCAAGAUCUCUAAAUGUUCCCUCUGUCGUGCGUAGCAGACGAGUACGCAGUGUUUAGCCAGCCACACUGCCGUACCCACACAAGUACGGUUCUGAUAACAAAGCUGUCUUGCUGCUCGUAAAGGGUCAUUGUCUACUGAAGAAUACUGUUGACAGGUCACCUUAGCACUAGUUAUCACCUAUUGUGUGCCGUUACGCAUGCUCCGGACGUACUUCAUUAUUCCGAGGAUUAAAAAGCUCUGUACGGCAACCUUGACAGUCGCUCCGUAAUGUUAUCCAAGUUUUCUUAUAUCAUAUUUUUUACUAAUUUCGAGAUUCUGUAUUAUAUAGAUCAGCCAAGUUUAUAUUACUAGACAGUAAAUGCUUGCAAAGUACGUCUCGAAUCGAUAUCGCACGGGGCGUUACAUUCGCGCUGCCUGGCUGCCCUUCGCUGUUACUGCUGCUUUCUUCAUUAGCUUAUGUUACCACAAAUGCACUACUUCGGUACACCGAUCCACAACGUUGAAAUAUAUGGUUGAAGGUCGUGAUUUUCACAUGAUUGAUAACAGUGUCAUGCUCUUUCCUCAAAGUUUUUGUCAUCUUGUCCAUGUAUCUCAUUUAUGUAUUUGGCCACUUGGGCAGCGGUAAUAGUUGCGAUGAUUUGCAGAUCUACCGCUGCUGUUGAUGGUUCUGCUUUUGUUAUUUUUUUUUUAUCGUUACACCUAUCGCCGUUGUCGUCCGUAGUGCUGCUCCCAUGUCCUGCUGCUCUUUUCUUUACCUAGGCCCUGGUCAGUGCAAAACAGUAGCUGUUUGCAAAUUGCCUCAUCUGUGCAGGCUCGAGACGUCCGCGUCAAUAAACCGAGGCAUUUGAAUUCAACUUAUACGCGUCGUGGGUGACAGUAGACCGAUUAUGCGAGUGCGUUCGCUAGAUGACAGACGUUGACGAUGUUGAUUCUAUUUAACAUAAGAGAUUCGAAAUUGUGACAAAGCGACCAGACGACGACUGCAGAUUGCAAAAUGAGCCAUACCACAUCGUUUGCCAUUGUUCGGUCUACAACAAACGCUUGUUGGGGUGCAAAGACGAACGAAAGCUGAGCUCGCAACGGGACAUUCAGUCUCCUAGAUGCAUUCAUUAAACAAUGUAUGCAUCUAGGAGACUGACAAGGAUGGGUAACACGGACACAAAAAAUAGACCAAGGGGGGAACAAUGGGUUUGGGUGAAAAAUUAGAUGGGCGAGAAAGUUAGAAAAAAUUAGACGAGAAUAUAUUCUAUUCUAUUGGCCUAUCGUUAGCGGUUGGACUAGACAUGGUAUUGUAUAGCUGACUGCUGUUGCUAAUGCCGAUAUGGCUGAGCUGUUUGUGGGAGCGAGCCAGCCCGUCUAUGUAAAGUUGUGCUGUUUUCCUUCGUAGUGACUGCGAACGUCGUCCCAGGACGCACAACGCAUAUGGACACGAAUAUGUGCAAAUUACAUACAGCGGGCGAGCAAUAAGCGCCGGUGGUGCUCUUGUGCGUUUCAGACACGCUGUCGUCUGCCUGUCUGUCGUAGGCCGCCUCGAGUCUGUCGCUUGCGAUAGUUCCUAUGUCCACCAUCGCUGCGACAUCUGCAUGUGUCCAAAGACAAAUAGUUGUUUGUACUGCUGCUGCUGCUGCUGCUGCUGUCGCGGCCACUGCCGUGAUGUUUCAGAGUGAGCGACGACGACGGCGACGACGACCCAGUCUCUUGCUUUGCCAGCUACCCCGGUUUUCUUUAGGUGUCGUCGUUCGUCUACGAGAAAAGGCCCAGCGAGACAGGCGCUGCCGCCUGCGAAGAUCAAACAAAGCCGACGCAUAAGACGCCGUGGAAGAUAGCGAAAUAGCAACGACGGCAGAAAGAAUCAGCAGAAGAUUGUUGGCUGCUGUAGCAACGCCAACGGGUAACGGUUCAAUUUACCAGUUGUUAUUGCACUUCGAUCACUGCCACUAACGGCACGACCUUCACUGGCGUGCGCUAUGCGUGGAAGGAGACCACAUCAGUGUUGCAUUAUAGCGCGGACAUUCGCGGCGUUCUGUCUCCGUUCUUUGUCCUAUUCCCGGGGCCCGUUGCGUAUUAUUGUGAUGUCGAUGUGCUGGUAACAGCAGAAGAGACAACGUAUUGACAGACUGUCGCAGGUGCCCUUUGCUACGCUAUCGUGAAACAGUGGCUGUAACAACUUCUACCCGAAUGGCACGGGCAGAACAUAAGGCUGCCGAACGACUCGUGCCCAGUGUAUUCUCAUCUAUAGUGGGCCAUGCGUACUGCCUUACUGAUGAUCAAGUACCGUUGUAUGGCGGGUUGAGCUAGUCGAUGACAUUCUUUCGUUCAUGUCUAUGAGAAGAACAAGCGAUACACCAGUAGCUAUGAAUGAAGAACACAGCCAGGAGUACAAGCCAGUUUUGCACACAGAGCACAAGGUAAUCGGACGAUUACGUUUUUAUUUGAACAACGUAGGCUCGGAACAAGGUCGGAAACAAAAGUUAUUUACACACAGAAAAGUCUAUCGUGUCAAUAAUGCUAAAUCGUUAUUACUAUAACCACUGUCAUUUUACGAUGACGGCGUCACAGUGUUGUCCGUCAAGUCAGCGGGGUCCUCAAAGAGGCCGCUUCCGCCAACUGUCCACGUGCUCCUGAUGCCGUUCAGAGUGGGUACCACAAACCACUCAACGAUUUUCCACCACUGAUCCUUCGAAGCGGGUUACGUUAUGUUUCGAUGGAUCGCUAGUGAAAGCCACGACAAAAAAAAAGCGGCAAUUGUUCUGCUUUGCAGCAUUUCUGGCAGCAGGGCAAUCCAUCGGGGUGGUCGAUGCGAAAUCCGACAUAGCAGCCAUAAUAACCAAUACGAUAUUGGCCUGCAGCCGUAACAGAAGAUGUCCCAAUAGCAGUAGGCCGUGUUUAUGAACUAGACUGUGCCAAAUGGAACAGUAAACGCUCCGGAGUGUUCAUAUCUCCGGAUGCUCAUGUAGUUGUCAUUGAAGCAUUGUAUAAUUAGCCAACCUUACAGGGUAGUGAUGUACGUGUAUAUAAAUAGUACUAUGGAAACACGACCAUAACACAUGGAACUGAUCGACAGGAAAACGAUUACUCGUGCCGGGUGGCGCAACUAAAACCGGCCAGCUUCCCAUGCGGAUGCGAAACCUUCCGCCGUCUUUUUUUCAGCAGCCGGCUGAGGGUGCUACUGCGUUGAGUGGACAAAUUGCCAAACCUGUGGUAAACCACUCUCGUGCCCAUUCGUCACCAGCUUCACUCGAACAGACCUACCGGUCCGCCCCGCAACAACCUACACAUGCCAGGCAACAAAGUUAUGAUCUGGUUGACGAAGACCCACUCCCGCCGGGCUGGCAAAUGAUGCGCACCUCUAUCGGACAACGUUACUACCUCAAUCACGAAACCCACACAACGACCUGGGAGGAUCCCCGGAAGAAGCUUAAUGGCCAGGUGAGGGCAACACAGCGUGCCACUGCGCCGCCUCCGCCGCACACAACAAAUCCAUCGGUGAUCAACGCCGAGACUCUAGGACCUUUACCCGCCGGCUGGGAACAGCGAACGACAAGCGACGGUGAGGUAUACUUCCUCAACCACAAUAACCGCACUACAUCGUGGUUUGACCCGCGUAUUCCUACCCACCUUCAGAAAGCUGAAUAUAUGGCACGUCAGAAUGCCACACAGGGGGCAGCAUCGAGUAGCGGGGACGUACAAACUAUGGAAGCCUCACAAAAUCAUACGGUUCCUGGCCUGCACAGUCCACUUGGCUCAAAUCAUAACCUGAAAGACGCCGGUUCAACAGAUAGCAUCAACGCGGUAUGUGCAGCUACCUCGUCACUCUCGCUUCAACAGCAGCAGAUACAGCAACUGCAGAUGCAAAGAAUUCAACAACUGGAACUUGAGAGAGAACGGAUGAAAUUACGUCAGCAAGAGAUCCUCCGUCAACCCGCGUUCGGCCUGUCAACUAAUGAACCCAACAACAAUACGGUUGUCGUAAACCCGAACCAAUUGGGCGUGAAUAGCAGCCUAACAGAUGCUUUCCUAGGUGGCCCACAUUCGCGGCAGGAGUCUGCAGAUUCUGGCCUGGGUCUAGGACCUAACUUCUCGCUGCCGCCUGAGGAGUUUCUGAAUUCAAUCGACAGCACAACCGGAACUAGUAGUCUCACUAGCACAAAUAAUAACAACACGCCGAACAGCAUCGCCGGUAUGGACGAUUCUUCGUUGGACGCGAUGGGUGGCGGAGUUGGAGUAGGUGGAGGAGGCGCUGUCGGGGGACCCGAGCAGAUGGACUCCGACGACCUUGUACCAUCGCUCAACGAGAUGCCUGACCUCUUGCCGGACAUGGAGGCUCUUCUGAGCGAUAACAAGGACUCAGUUCUAACUUGGCUCUAAGGAUCCACCAACGAUAGAAACGUACAUUAAGAAAUAUGCCCCUUCCAGCUACGUCAUCUGUAUUUGUAUGUGUGUAUGCGCGCGCGUGUGUUUGUGUGUGUGUGUGUGUGUGUGUGUGUGAGAGAGAGAGAGAGAGAAAGGGGGAGAGAGAGGGUUGAACCAAGUUCGAAUUUACAGCCGUCGACCAACCGACUGCUGUGUACUACAACAUAGAUGGCAUCACAACUUUGAAAGCCGUCGUUCUACGAAGGAAACAGUACAAUCGAUCCAUGACUUCCAUAAUUGCGUUUACACAAUAAUCAUAAUGGAACAACGUCAACAUACUGAGUGGAUGAAGAGCCGCUGCAGCUAGAAGUUCUCUAGAAGGCUCUCUAAGCACUUGAGGAAGCAUUAACUUAUGACGGAGACGAAACUUCGGUGGCAGCUCGACAAGCUAAUAAUUCUAUAAAAACCUAGACAAUACGAGUAUCGAAAGGGCAAACGGAUUAGUAUUGUGACUAUUAAUGGAAACAUGUGCGAGCGAAUGAAAGCGGAAGCAAAAGAGGAACACAGAGAUAAUGCGAAGGUACCGGAACGGGGGCGAGAGUGCAAAAUAGAACGAACGAGGGAUAAAUGCUUCAAACAAAAGUGGGAAGUGAGGAGACAUACAGUGAUACAUGAAGAAUAUGAAACAAGGAACAACGUGCGAAAAAGAUCAGCAGGAAAAGAAACCUGUCUACCUGAACUGUGGCAUAGAAGCGGAAAAAUAGGACGAGGACGACAAAAUCAUGCAUUCAAUUAACAACCAUUAAUUACUAUAAUAAUAAUUAUUAUUAUAGACUACUAUCAUAAUCAUCAUUCUCCCAUAGGCCCCUUCCCCUUUUUACCUCUAAGUAUAUUGUCAGCCUGUCCGUGUCACACAUGACCUAAAGCUCACAGACAGAACAGCAUUAACAAGUACAACGCAUCGUAUGACCAAUAUUGCACCAUAAUCAUUGUUAUGACAGUAGCAUAGAAAAAGCUGCAGAAAAAGGGCAACAACGAGGGCAUGUAUCAUAGCUAUGCGCCCUAUAAGUAAGCGCCCAGAAUAGUAUAUGAAGCGAAAAAUAAGCGGACCGAAUUACAUUCGUAUUAAUCAUCGAUUGAUGGCUCUCUGAGCAAUCGGGAAAAGAAUCUGGAGAGGAGUGUGAGGCCAUGACGGUAAUGGAGGGCGCUGGACGUCGAGAAUAGUGCGUGGGGUGUCCCGGGAGUAAAACUCUUGCAGAAAACAUGCUUAAGAUAUCUGGCAUUGAGGAGGUUGCAAAGUUAGUCUAGCGGGCAAACUUUUCCAAGAGUUGGCUGAUUACAGUGGCGACAUCUAACGUGGAUACUGCACAAACACGAAGUACAAAAAAAUUAAAUGGCGAGGUUUUUUGAGGCCGUUUCUGCAAAUAAUUGUUGACUGGAUUGUUUGGACAGGUUGUUUGUUACAUUCACGUCGAUUGAAGGCUGUCGCUUUAAAGGACCAGGAAAUUAUUGGGGCGUGCAGAUAGAAAUUAGGUUUGUGUCUGUGGCCUACUUUGGUUGGGGUGCUAUAAACCUGAUAUUGAAGCACUAGGUGCCUUCGUCAGAUGCAUUACACUUUGCUCGUACCCACAAUCCUUCUAUUGACAAAACUAAUAGUAGCAGUCAGCACCAAGAGAAGAGCUAAGUUUCUUGACGUGACGAUUCUUGCAAAGAACAAAAACUUGGGAGGGAAAAGUUAUAACAAUUUUGAUUAGUGACUGUGCUGACUGUGACAAUAAUAAUAUAACUGAUAAUAAUCGUUUAGCUGUUUUUACUAUAUUACAUAAUUGUUAUUGACAUUUCUAGAAGAAAAAAAGAGAUCGUUUUUGGGGCGAAUGAGUCGUUAGUAUUAUAGAGCAAGUGUUCGA